AUGCCUCACUCUGUACCUCCUGGCGGGGAGUCUCCCCGCUAUCGCAAUGAUGACGAAGUACUUCCGGAUGCCUCUCCAGCAGAUGCGACACCCAAUGUCCCUGAAGAUAAAGAGCCCGAGCUCCCUGAAGACGAUACAACAAAAGACAAGCUUGCAGACCUACUAUUCGAUGAUGACGAUGAAGAUGAAUAUCCCAUAUCUAGUGCGCCAGAUACGAAGAACGAGGACUCGGCGAAUCGAGAUGCAGUAAAUUCUUCUGCGCCGCAGCCAGCUCAUGUAGACACAGAUACUAUGCUUGCUUUCUAUCAGCGUCUCUUCCCAUUUCGCUACCUUUUCCAGUGGCUGAACCACGGAAUUGUCCCUUCCCCAGACUUUGGAAACCGUGAAUUCGCGCUUACCCUACAAAAUGACGCCUAUUUACGAUAUCAAUCUUAUGCAACAGCGGAUCUGUUCCGUAAGGAUAUUUUGCGGAUGAAUCCCUCGCGUUUUGAAAUCGGUCCUGUCUACAAUACAAACCCCCGCGAUCGGAAAACUCUACGGGGCGGUCAGAUGAAACCAAUCGCUAAAGAACUGGUGUUCGAUAUCGAUUUAACGGAUUAUGAUGAUAUUCGAUCAUGCUGUGAAAAAGCGAACAUCUGUGGGAAAUGCUGGACAUUUGUAACCAUGGCCAUAAAGGUUGUCGACAUCGCUUUGCGAGAAGACUUUGGAUUCCAGCAUAUCAUGUGGGUUUACUCCGGUCGUCGUGGUGCCCACGCCUGGGUCUGCGAUCCCCGGGCUCGCAACCUUCCUGACGACCGGCGACGGGCUAUUGCGGGAUAUCUGGAUGUCUUACGUGGAGGAUCUCAAAGCGGCAAGCGUGUAAAUCUGAAGCGUCCGCUGCAUCCACACAUGUCUCGUAGUCUGGAGAUCCUGAAGCCAUUCUUCGCCCAAACUACACUAGUGGACCAGGACACCUUUGUUAACUCGGAACAGGAGCAACGACUCCUAGCAUUGCUUCCCGACAAGCCCUUGAACGAUGCAUUACGCAAGAAAUGGGAGUCAUCGCCGGACCGCUCUAGUACGAACAAAUGGGCCGACAUUGAUUCCCUCGCUAAGACUGGGAAGAGCAACACUUUGAAAACCUCUACUUUGCGUGAUGCCAAGCAAGACAUUGUAUUAGAGUAUACUUACCCACGGCUCGAUUCGGAAGUCAGCAAGAAGAUGAUUCACUUGCUUAAGAGCCCGUUCGUCAUCCAUCCUGGCACGGGCCGUGUCUGUGUUCCCAUUGAUAUCCGGAAUGCCGAGGAAUUCGACCCUCUCUCGGUUCCCACAGUCACGCAACUACUAGCGGAGAUCGAUGCGUAUGAUGCGGAAAAUCCCAACAACGGCACAGGCACAGACAAGGUAGAUAGCGAGGGGAGCGAGCCCAAUGGCUCGGAUGCUAGAGGAAGCCGCAGGUUGCAGGACUAUGAGAAAACAAGUCUCAAGCCAUAUGUGGACUAUUUCCGCUCCUUCAUUGCCAGUCUCCUCAAGGAGGAACGCGGUGGGAAGCGGGAGCGGAACGAAGACAUGGCGGAGGUCAAGUCUGAAAGUAUGGAGUUCUAG